AUGGACGUUCAUACUGAUGAUCAGCAACCUCGCCGCACUUCAUCGCACGCCUCUACCUCUUCCAGUCGGAAGUCUAGCACGGUCCGAUUGAAACCGCGAAAGCACGCCUCCAACGCCUCGCUGCAUACUGCACCGACAGCUGAAGACAAAAGCUUUACCUCUUUCCCUUCGCUAUCGCCCUCACCUGAAGCGUCUCCAUCCCUGACGACCGCUCGCCCCGAUCCUUUCAAGCCAACCACGAGCCACAUCGGUCAUAAGCCGGUGGAUUCGAAAGCGCGGAAGAUACCGAAGAACACACAGUCUCUGGUGGGGAGUCUUGUCACAAGAUCACCCUCCGGAAAGGGCAGGUCAGCGCUCUUCGACGACAGUCCGCAAGAUGCACGAUACGUACCUGGCAAUCUUCACCACGCGAGCGAUGAGCAUAUCGAACAUGUCUUGGCUCGGGCUGGCGCCGUGGCACUGGUCAGGCAGUUAGCCGAGGACUUAGCCCAGCGAGAUGCUCAGAUGACGAGCUUGAGGCGUAGGGCAGAAGAGCGGGAGAGCAUUCUGAAGAAAAUGCUGAGGGAGUGCGAAGUGUCGAGUUUGAAUAUCGAAACGCGACUGCGCGAAUCGGAACGUGCCCUGGAGCAGUCUCUUAAGAAUGGCAACAAAGAACCAAUUAGACCCAGCCAACGAAGGAGUCGAGGUUCGUCAGCAGGCAUGGGCGCCGCAGAUACAAUCGAUUCAAUCCUCAUCCAAGCGUUACGUGACAAGCUACCGAGCGGCGCCGAUAUGGAUGUGGACGACAAUAGCCUUUUGCUUCCUGGCGAUCCUUCUCCUAACGCUGACAGGAUUUCAGUCAAUUUAACCGCAAACUACCCUCCGAACGCCGGGGAGACGACGAAAGGCUGGAAAACCUACCUGUGGAACGGAAAUGCCACGAGCAAGAAGGCUAGUAGAAGCCCAAGUGUUAUAAGCAGAAACGAGGAGGACAUGGUUCGCACGCGAUUAAGGGCCGAUAGUGCCGCACAACCUCGUAGGAAGGCCCUCAACAGUGAUGUGUUUCGACCUCCAGCGCCAGGCAUUCAUAGAACGGUAAGCGGCUCUUCGAGCUUGCAUCGUGUCCAAAGCGAUGAACCGGACAAUCGAGGAGACGCACGAUCUCGGCGACCGUCUCUAUCUGUUACCAACUGGGCGCUCAGAUUGGUCGCUGGCAACAACCAGGCCAACCGUGACAUCGACAAGCAGGGCAUUUUACGAGGAAGGCCGGCCUCAAUCAGUAAUGAGACGGAUUCAAACAAACGGGCACCCUCGAUGGGUUCGACCAGAACUACCCAAUCCGCAAAAGUUCCGUCAACCAUUAAUGGAGCUACUGCGAAGGCACCGGUCAAGCGAACUUCCCUUGGUCCUCAUGGCACUUUGAAACGAACGCCAACCGACAGCUUGCGCAGUGCGCUGUCCACCCUAGGGCCGGUCAGCCCACCUGCGGUCCCUCGGCGCAACAGCAACCUGGGGCCGGUCGAGAUGGAUCAGAUUCUGCCAGAGGAGACUCGACCACCAACCUUAAUGCAGCUUCACAGCACCACAACAGGGAGCGCCGAGUAUCUCCUUGACAGAUUUGGAUUCAUUUACGACCAAAGACGCAAGAAGCGACAAAAUGAUGCGGCCGCGGCUCUGCAGAAGCACAGGCGGGUCGAGUCACUCGGGAACAAUAGACAUAUACUCACCGCUGGGAACGUCGGGGAAGCAGAAACGACCCUUAGAGAUUCUCCCAGCACAUCUGAGCCUGCUACGCGGCCCGCUAGUAUGUCAUCGGCGGAUCACCAGACCGAGCAGGAGCCGACAACGAGGUGGCAUGACUUCCUCAAAUUGGCAACCUUUCCAACAGAACUUCUCUCACAUACACCUUCCGCUGCGCCCAUCACGUCUAUAGACUCUGUCGAGGUUGUCGACGACACCACAUCCAAAACUUCUCACAUCGUCGUGCAGAAACGAGGCUCAGUCCCGGCUCUCAGCACGAAUCCAGAGCCUGCGCCCUCACGGGUCGUUUCAGGCAAUGCAGAAUUCGCUCACUCAUCAGCCUCAGAGCCCACCACUCCCGCAGAUCCGACAACCAAGCCACCUGACCCGGUCAAGGCGCUGCUGGAACAGCUCACGGAACUGCAUGACUCGCUUCAACGCGAAAGGACGGUAAAAUGGAACGAGUUCCUUCGAAGGGUGCGUGCCGAGCGCAAGCGGGAAGGACAGGCUGCUGGCAGCGCCGAAGGACGACCUAAGAAUAUUUCUGGGCCGGAAGCUUCGCUAGCGGAUGGUGAAAUGAUCGGCGUCGCAGGACUCGGAAACAAGGGCAAAGUGGGGCGUGCGAAGUGGAAUGAGUUUAAGCAUCUUGUCCUCGGCGGUAUCCCCGUCGCAUAUCGCGCGAAGAUCUGGGCCGAAUGCAGCGGAGCAUCUGCUAUGCGAGUGCCAGGUUAUUACGAAGACCUGGUCAGCAGCAGUACCGAUGAUCCCGAUAUCGUCAGCCAAAUCCAGAUGGACAUUCCACGGACGCUGACGGACAAUAUCUUCUUUCGUCGCGGACCCGGCAGAGACAAGCUCAACGAGGUGUUGCUGGCCUAUUCGCGGCGCAACCCCGAGGUUGGCUACUGCCAAGGCAUGAACCUCAUUACAGCAUGUCUGCUUCUGAUCAUGCCGACCGCAGAAGAUGCGUUCUGGAUUCUCGCCACCAUGAUCGAGAACAUCCUUCCGCCUAACUACUACGACCACAGCCUCCUCACCUCGCGCGCGGACCAACAAGUCCUGCGUCAAUACGUCGCAGAGAUCCUUCCCAAGCUCUCCGCCCACCUCGACGACCUAGGCAUCGAGCUCGAAGCCUUGACAUUUCAAUGGUUCCUCUCCGUCUUCACAGACUGCCUCUCUGCGGAGGCACUCUUCCGUGUCUGGGACGUCGUGCUCUGCAUGCACGACGGCUCGACCUUCCUCUUUCAGGUGGCGCUGGCUCUGCUCAAACUCAACGAACGGAGCCUGAUUGAAUGCGACAAUCCGGCCGCGGUAUAUCAUUACAUCAACCACCAGAUGACAAACCAUGCCAUCAGCAUCGACGGUUUAAUUCAGGCGAGCGAGCUGCUGAAGAAAGUCGUCAAGCGCGCGGAUAUGGAGGAGCGGAGGGCAAGGGCUGUGGAGAAGGAGAGGGAGGCUAUGAGAGUAAGGGAGGAAGCGCGCGCGGAACGGGCUGCGGCGAGGAAGGGGAAGGCGAGGGUCGUUGAGGUGCCUGAGCUGGGGGCGGGAUCGAGUGGACCGAACGGUAGGGAGUCUCUCACGCCUACUCAGGCGAUGCACGACGUGUCGAAUGGUGUCAGGUAUGGGCCUGAAACCUCUGAGAGUACGGUGAAGGUGUUGGAAGAGGUUGAGGAUGCGUUUGCGGACUUGCAGGUCAAGACGCCUAUGCCGAUUGAUGAGGAGGCGAUGUGGCGGGCUUGA